AUGGCCUCAGGGGCCACCCCCACCGCCGUGAAGAUUGGAAUUGUUGGUGGAACCGGCCUGGAUGAUCCGGAAAUCUUAGAAGGAAGAACCGAGAAAUAUGUGGACACUCCCUUUGGCAAGCCUUCUGACGCCUUGAUUUUGGGGAAGAUAAAGAACGUCGAUUGUGUCCUCCUGGCGAGGCACGGGAGGCAGCAUACCAUCAUGCCUUCCAAAGUCAACUAUCGGGCGAACAUCUGGGCCCUGAAGGAGGAGGGCUGCACUCAUGUCAUAGUGACCACGGCUUGCGGUUCCUUGAGGGAGGAGAUUCAGCCCGGUGAUAUCGUCAUCAUUGACCAGUUCAUCGACAGGACCACCAUGAGGCCUCAGACCUUCUAUGAUGGGAGUCACUCCUGUGCCAGAGGAGUGUGCCAUAUCCCCAUGGCCGAGCCGUUCUGCCCCAAAACGAGAGAGGUGCUGAUCGAGAUUGCUAAGAAGCUAGGACUCCGGUACCACUCAAAAGGGACUAUGCUCACGAUCGAAGGGCCGCGCUUCAGUUCACGGGCAGAAAGCAUCCUGUUUCGCACCUGGGGGGCAGAUGUUAUCAACAUGACCACAGUUCCAGAGGUGGUUCUUGCUAAGGAGGCUGGACUCUGCUAUGCAAGUAUCGCCAUGGCAACAGAUUACGAUUCCUGGAAGGAGCACGAGGAAGUGGUUUCGGUGGACCGGGUUUUAAAGACCCUGAAAGAAAAUGCCAAUAAAGCCAAAAGUCUGCUCCUCACGACCAUCCCUCAGAUAGGUUCCAUGGAAUGGUCAGAAACCCUCAAUAGCCUGAAGAAUAUGGCCCAGUUCUCUGUUUUAUUACCAAGACAUUAA